CACUAUUAAAGUGCGACGCGACGACUAACAUGGAGGAAGAUCUAUAGCUGUUUGUAGAGCUGGGCCUCGGCUGGAGAUCGACGUGCAACUUCCUUCAAGCCGCAACUGAAGUUCAUCUGUUUGGCUGGGGCAAGAUGACGAAUAAAAAAACAUGAAUGUCAUUACACACGGACUGUUCUGGCUGUAUAUGGGGUCAGUCUUCGGAAGAAUCCUCGUACGUGGCUUAAUUUGUAAUCCAGGAGAAUAUGAAAUUAAAGGUGAAUGCUGUCCAAUGUGUGCACCCGGAAAGGUGGUAAGCAAAGACUGUACAAUCUCUGGAAACACAGUGUGUGUACCAUGUGUGGGUGGAACUUAUAUGGAUCACAUUAAUGCUGUUUCUAAGUGUCUCAGAUGUAGAGUAUGUGAUUCAGGAUCUGGUCUCACUGUAGAGCAGGAGUGCACCUAUCAAAGUAAUACCAAAUGCAAAUGCAAAGAAGGAUAUUUUUGUAACACAAAAGACUGUGAUUUAUGUCAACCAUUUAAAGAAUGCCAGCCAGGUAGAAGAGUAAAAGAACAUGGAACAUUGUAUUCAGAUACAGUGUGUGAACCAUGCCAAGAAGGAACCUUCAGUAACGAAAUUAUGUCAAGUACUUGCCAUAAAUGGACUGAGUGCUCUGAAGUAGGCCUGAAGGAAGAUCAGCGUGGUACAUCAACUUCGGAUUCAGUGUGUUCCAGCAAUAUGAAACCUAGGGAAAAAAUCACCUUAGCAGCACCUUUUUGUUUUUUUAUUUUAUCAUUACUAAUAUUCGUAAUGUGUAAAAAGGCAGGAAAGAAGAAAAAUCAGGCACACAUGGAAACAGACUAACCCCAAGAUGGCAGCAACAAGUAGAACAGACACAGAUCCUGGAGGUGGCAACUAAUACUAUUUAGACAACUAUCUCAUUAUUCAAAGAAGAAGGGUUGCUUAGGAUAUUCUCAUACACUACUUUACAAAUUACAGCAAUUUGGUAAAUACAGAUGCUUGUAAUAUAUAUUCAGCAGUACUUGUAUAUGCAUUGCUGUACAUUUCUUACAAUGUAUUUAUUGUACAGAUAGGAACCAUAACAGUGCUAGAAAAUAAUAUAUAUUCAGCUGUAUAAAGCAAUUUAACAUUACAGACAGACUGUGUGAUUUACAAUUAAUCCCUGAUUUCUCUGUGGGUUAAAAUCUUCUACACUGCUUUCAGUGCAAGUAUUUACAUGGACUGACAGACCUAUUCUGUGUGAAUGAUGUGAGACUUACUGUACCUGUUUUCCUAUUCAUCAUUAGGCUGGCCACCUAAUGCACUUUCCUUUCUCUGCUCUCUUCUCUGCUCAACACCUGUAGACAAAGCAUUUUCUUAACUAGCUUGUAGCAGCAGAACCUUUUCUUGUGUUUAAUUAAAAGCUUUUUCAGGUGACUUUUGUUUCUAUACAUUGGAAAUAUAGAGCGUUCUUCACCAUAAUGGUGUUAAAGUUUUAAAAGUAAAACUUGCCUGAAAUAGUUUAAAGUGUUUAUAUGUUUUAUAUACACACAGUACUGUGCAAAAGUUCAAGACACUUGUAAAGAAAAUCUGUAAAGUGUGGAUGCUUUAAAAAAAUAAAGUAAUGAAUAGCUUUUAUUAAUUAAGAAAGAUAAAAAAAACUGUGGUGCUUUUUGCAGUGUAGGUACAACCAGGGCCAUCAGGGGAGAGCGUUGUCCCGGGCCCGGAGGGUUUUAGGUUUUAAGGGAGGCCUGGUCGUGUUGUACUUACUUCCAACGCUGUCACUGAGCUGGAGACUUCAGAAGGGAGCGUGGGCCGGAACCUGCAUCUUUCAACUGCUCUGAUUUGCAAGUGAAUUGUAAGUCCUGGUUAAGCCACAUGGUGAUUGGAUGGGUGAAGUUUGAACCUCCCCUCCAGCUUAUCCAAUCACCAUAUGGUAGAGUCCUGCAGCGGGUCGGGUACCCGCAGUUUACCAGCAAAAACCUGCGGUACCUUGCGGGUUGAGGGGAGAAGUUUUGGGUGCGGGUAAAGACACAGGUCGGCGGUUUCACGGGUCGGGCCGCGAGUCUUCUCAAUAACGAUAUUUACUCCUUUUUUCUUGUCAUGGUUGUGUGGGGCCCUGCAAUUUCUAAUGCACAACUACAUGUUACAGAUGAAUGCAGCUAACUACAGGCAAAACAAGUGGUAAAGCGACUGAGAGUACACAGCCAGGCAGUAACUCCCCCUUGUAUCUGUGCAGCAAUGAUGUAGUAAAAGUCCACAUAAAAAUGUAGUUCAGAGUUCACACACUUGUAUACCAAACUAUUUGUGUCUGGAUAUGCCCACAUAUGGUCUCAAUGCAGAUUACCUACAAAAAAAAAAGAAACCUGUUAUGGUGCAGUAAAUAAAUACAUACAGGCUGUAUACCCCUGCUUGUAACAAGGCUGCUCCCCUCCUCUCUCUUCCUGCUACACUCCUCUAUAUAAGUACUGUGGGUGCCUGGUCAGAUAGCCUCAAGUUCCUCUAUGGGUACUUUACUGGGACAACUCUUUCAGAGAUGCACAAUCCCAGUGCAAACGUGUAUGGAGGUCUAAGGCAGAUUCAGUGAAGUAAUUCACACAGCCAAAAAAGACUUUCAACUGAGACGAUCAGUAUUUUAUUCCAAAUAAAAACAUGUUACUUAUACAUUGGUAAGCGGCCUGACAUGUUUCAUAGUUGGUACAAUCCCUUAGAGGCUCAAACUUUUGCUCACAUAACCGGUGGACCUAUUCAGCAGCACGCCUGUAUUAAACAUGAGCCAAUUCUGCAAGUUAUCACAACCACUGCUCAGAAGGUUAUCAUCAGGAUUCAAAUGAAUGCAGUUUUAAAUCCUAUAAACUUUUAAACCAUCAAAUAUCACUGCAUGAUUACAUAUGCAAAAUAUUGUACAGUAUUAAGAUUUAUAUCAUAUAAAAUAACCCAGUUGUAUAAAUAUAACAUAAGUAUAACAUAGCUAUAACACAAUAACAAGACACCAGCAUUAAAGUAAUAGCACACCAGUACCUCUAGAUGUAUCUAUAUUGACUACGAUGGCUAAAUUUGUUGUAGUGCUACAUCUACUUCUAUGUAUACACACUUCUAUUACCUGCAGGUAUGUAAAUUAAUACAAUUAUAUAUAUGUCGAACUACAACACUCUCCAUAUCACUAUCCUUUUUUGGAUCAUCCUAGAGGUCCAGGAUUAGUUAAUUAGUCAUAACGAUGUUAAAAGGCUGACAAUUGCAUAGAAGGAGUAUAAGUAAUUCAAAGCACAUAAAAAAUGAAGACC